CUUGAGAGUUGGAGGGGACACUUCCUGCGCUCCGCUUGAAUGCCCUCAGCAGAGAUGGACAGUCUGGCAAGGCGGUGUAUGAGGCCGCACAGACGUGCCAGUCCAUGGCUUUUCAGUCAUCAGACCCUAGACCUUCAGUUCUGCUGAGGCUUUGAACAGGUGCUUUUGUGGUUGUUGCUUUAAACUGAGAAGAUUAUCAGGGUCCAACCAGCGUGCCGGAGCAUGCUGGGAUUUGCUGUCUGUUAGCUCUGUUACAACCCAGGGCCAGGCUGAUGCGACCGAGUCCUGUUUCCCGUGCUAACCAUUCAUAUUCUCAAUACAAUGCAGUAUACUUUUAGAGGGAGGCGCCCUUCUUAGUCUCUUCCCAGUGUUCCCGAGUUAAGUAAGGUCUUACUGUAGACCCUCUGUUCUUUCCGGUGUCUUUUCAUUACGUACCAUGCGUGCAGGGUUCUUGGUGCUUCAGGAGAGAAGCUGGAAGGUGAGUGUGUGAAGGGCAACCCCGGGUGGUGUUGAGCUUCUCUGUGUGACAGCAGGCCUGUCUCUUAGUCCCUUGUGAUCUAAACAAAGGUCCCUAGAACAUUCUUGUUCCGCUGAGCAGUUUCUGUGUGGGGUAGGGAUGAGUGGCACCUACAUUGCCACUUUCCUUCCAACCCAGCCCCAUUGUCCAAGUGACUCCUGUGGCCUGGGAUUGACUCCUGUGGUCUUGUUCAGAAUUGAAAAUAUACACAUUUCUCUAUUGGCUGUUGGGCACUGUUAUUUUCUUUCUAUGUAGUUGCAGAAAACUUCCAGGAGGUCUUAAAUUUAAGAUUACAUACACCAAUAGGACAAACAUCUAGUUAAAUGAGAGCUAGAGAGGCUUGGAGUUUAAAGUGGGCAACUGUCUGGUCUUAACCUGAUGACACUUAGUGGGCUUUUUGUUGUGUGUUCAGUGUUGAGCUUCUGUCUUCUGGGCCCUGUUGUCUCACACUGAAGACUUCCAGUGGCUCAGCACACAGGGGCAGAUAGCUGUAGAACUCACUCCACAGAGCUUUCCUGACUCUUUAUGCCCUUGUCUGUGACUGAGAUGCCAGGUAGCUCAGAACCUGAAAUCUUUCUUCAUCCUUCAAAAGAGACUCUUUGGAGGGUUAAUCUUUCUCUACCCUCUAGUGAAAAGCUGUUCUUAUAUCUGGUGUAGUUUACAAUUCGUAAAUUCGUAGUAUCCUGAGUCAAAGAAAUAAAGAUUGGCUUAAGUGCUUGAGAGGAAAAAAAGGGCAAUUAACACAAAGGAAAAGAACCUUUGGAACGGAUUCUGAGGUAGAUGGACAGAUAGCAGGUGCCAGCACACCCGGGCAGGAAUGAGAGGACGUGGAGGGCCUAAGGCUGGCUGUCACCUGGACUCUCUGUAAAGCACACCUGGACUCUGCCAGAGCUCAGAAAGGCACGUUCAUCAUUUCCAGGGACCCUGGAUUCUGAACACUCAGGCCUCCCCUAACCCCUGUUAACCCUUUUCUGUUCACCCCCUGCCCCUGCCCCUUGCUCUCCUGACUUUUGUAAAGGCUAAGACGAGUGUUCUUUGCCACAGAUAUUCCUAUUAUGGUAGAACAUCCUCCUGCUUUGUUUAUGCAGAUUGACUCCUAAAGACCAACCCCAGCUCAGCCAGUGUCAUUAUUCCAUAGAGCAGUGACAGUAGGUGCGGGAGUCAGUGGGCCUGGUGGUGGUGGUGGUGGUGGGUCAGUCCCAGCUCACUCCUGCAGAGAUGCCUCCUCCAGAAAACCUGGGACUCAUUUGGGGAUAUUGCCCAUCCUGUGCCACACACUCAGCAAAGAGUGCAGCAGGACUGGAAGCUGAGAGGAAGUUCCUGGGAAAGGCAAGCCCAGACAAGCCGCACCACUGAUGCUCUGCUUCUGAGCUGUGUCCCUCCCAGGCCUUAAACUUGGCAUUUAUUAUCGGAAUCGUUACGCUGUUUUGCUUAAAACAUGAGUGUGUAUUAAACAGUUGUAGCUGUGCUAGGAUUUUUAAUAGGGAGUAGAAUUGUCUUCUGUUUAUUUGACAGUAUGUACGACUUGUCUGUAAUUCUUUAAAUUGCUUUCUGCUAGCGUCGCAUUUAUAUUUGGCAUACUGUACUUGGGAUAUUCUGACAGACUAAGGCAGACGGGGAAGUCAGGAAGCAGUGUCUCUGUGACAGCGUAGCUCUAGAUUCAGAUCUGAUUGCCUCUCUUACAAAUGAGUUGCUUUCUGUCAUGGGUGAAGUGAAGUAACCAGCGUCCAUGGUGAUCUUUGAACACCAAUUGACAGACCCAUGACUGGAACUGGAGUAGAUCAGAGGCUGUGUGUGUGUGUGUGUGUGUGUGUGUGUGUAGUUUCUCAACCUUUAAUUGAAGUCCUUAAUAAAAGUCAACAGAAGACUUUCUCUCUUUUGAAGUCCUCGGUCUGUGAAGAACUGUUGGACCUGACUCCUGGUCCUGCCAUAGUAAAUAGUUUCCGAAUAUUUUUCUAGGCAGCUUGGUGCCGGGGUGUUUUGAGUAGCUUGUAAAGGAGAGUUUCAAGAGGCAAGCCUAAUUAGCACCUUUGAGUAGUGUUUAAAUGUUGAAGAGAUUCAUGAGACCACUGGAAAAGAAACCGUAACCUCAGUCAAGUGUGACAUUUUUAACUAGCCCUUAGACUUUAAAACCACUUGGCCUGAGCUGGAGAAGCCAGCUUCGCCCAUGUUUUCCUUGCCCAGUCACCAGGCCUUCAAGCUCCAGACUGGCCUCCCCAACGCUCAAACAUAUUCCUUUUUUAGAAAUAAAAGUACCUGGCCUCUGUGAUCCAUGACUGUGAGUCAUCCAGUGGAUAUGAAAGAACUAUAAAAACAUGCUUCAGGAGAGUUUUUCACUUUGUUACAGAGCACAGUCUAAAUUUGGACUUAAUUUGAAAUUGAGUGGAAGGCUGGAUCCUUGGUACCCCAUGGGAGCAUUCUGGUGAUGCCUUGAGUGGCCUGGCCAGAAACGGGGAGGGAGAGGGACACCCGUGGGGAAAGGCAGGCUCAACCCCACCUAGACAGCUGUUGGGUUUGUUUGCAUUUAGUUCCUGAUAAGACAGUCCUUAAUUCCUGGUGACAGGAGUUAGGCACUGUCAUGUGGUUUUUGUCCUCCCCUGUUUUCAUGUGGCUUAAGUCCAUAUUUAUUUGAAGUUUCAUAUCAAUGUCUAGCAAUACUUAGGCAAGAUAGACUGAACACAACUGCAUAAUAACCCCGAGAAAUGUAAACGUAGGAAAAUUGUAAGGUAAAGAUUUUUGGACCAUAGCAGUCCGUGGUGAUGAAUGGGGAGCUCAGAGGGGUGAUAGCUUUGGUCUCUCUUUAUUACAGAUACAAUUGACUUGCUAAGUACUGGACCAUACUUGCUAUCCUCUCUCCUAAUUCUAAAUGGCUCCUGAACUGUCAACAAAGACUCCAAAUCUUAUACCCAGCCCACACUUAACAAGGGAGUAAAGACUUUCAGGAAGCAAGCUUUGUUGCAGGCUGGACCUCAGAGAUACUGCUGCUACCUCUGUGUGUCGUCAGGCUUUGUCGUGGGCUUCUUUCAUAGUGUGGUCUGUGGCAGGUCACUGGCUUACCAGCCAGAAGUGUGCUCAGUGGCCUCCCCUCAGCGUGGACAGCCCAGCCUGAGCUGCAUCCCGUCUGGAGUUUGCCAUUUAAACGUCAGUUCUCAGUGGGUUUUGCAUAGAACUCUCGGGGAACAGGCAACACUAGUGAUUGAGCCGAGGGAAGUGUUUUGAGGGGUAACUAGCUUGUUAGACAGACGUUGAAGUGGGCUGCUUCCUGACUUGAGAAACUGUGGCAAGAUGAGGCUUGGGGACGGAGGAAGGCAUUGCUGAGGUAACAACAGGAAGCUGUUGCAUCUCGGACUGGGAUCUGUGCGUGUGGCCCGAUGGAGGUUCCAUUUGUCCGAGGCUGAGCUGGCCGAAAUUCCCCUCUGCUGGUCGGAGCUGAAGUCCGCCUUCGGCUACAACUCUCUUGUUUUGCCAGCUGAGGCUUGACUAUCACAAGGAACAUGACACUUGUUUACAGGAUGCAAACUUUGUAAAAUUCCCAGUGCUCUAAUUAUGUAGGUUGCCAACCACCCCCUCUCCUGCCCCCAUUUUUUUAAAAAGCAUUUUGAGAAAGAGCAAGCUGUGUGUUGGGGUUCUGUAAGUGGUGUGUGGUUUCAGGGAGUUUUACAGUCAUCCGGCGGCUGCUGACCCUGAUGAUGCUUUCUUUGCCGUAUUUCCAUGCCGUAUCCCCAUGUUACACUCAAGGAAGCAGGCAUGGAGAGCUUGGCCGAGUAGCCUCUAGACUUGUUUAAGGGACGGGAUGCUGUGAGCCCUGGUUCCCGACUCACGUUGAACCACUUAGCUUAAAUUAACACACUAAAUUUCACAGUGGCAGGCAUGAGUGUAAGUAAAUAAACUGGGUUUAUGAAAUCAGACCCACUCUCAUUUUCCAUGAUAAUGUGAAAAGCAUUUCUGCUUUUUAAUGCCCUCCCUCCUCCCCUCCCUCCCUCUUGGUUUAUUUGGGUUUUUUUGAGACAGGGUUUCUCCGUGUAGCCCUGCCUAUCCUGGCCCUCUGAGAUCUUCCUGUCUCUGCCUCCCUAGUGCUGGGAUUGAAGGUGUGUGCCACCACCCAGCUUAACAUUCUUUCUUAAUUUUCUUCUUUUCACGCUCCCCAUUAUUUUUAACCCACAAAUAAGCACUGGAGGGAGAGGCCAGCCUCCACUGCCUCCACUAGUGGCGCAGCAUGGGGUCCUGUUGUGUUUCCCUCGCUCACCAGCUCCAUGUGUGUUCUAGGGAACGAAUCCCAUGUUGGUCUGUGGGGUGUGUGCUGCUUCUCCUAGAGAGUCCAACGACGUAGCUCAAGUUAAAGAGCUGUGAAAUGAGCACCUUGACAGGCCCGAGCACUGCUGUGCACGUUAAAUACCCACUUAGCAGCUGAGCUUUAGCCCACUGUAGUGAAAAUCUUUUUCCACGAAUAGUUCUCUAAUGCUGGCCCUGAGUUUGGCCAUGGUUUUCCCUUGGGAUCAUCACAAUUUGCUGGUUUGGCAAGGCUUAGAAAGCCUCAUUACUUCUGCAUUAUAUUUAAUUCUAUUUUUAGGUUCAAGUAUGUUGUAGUAUUGUUGUAAAAUGUGUCUACUGUUAAAUUAGCCCACGUGAAGUCCGAGUCUUGCGAGCAUCUUGGUGCUUACCUGCUUUGGCGCACCCCCACGGUUGAGGCUUCUUCAGCACUGAUUUGACACCUCAGAUGCUGUGUCUAUUGAAUUCACAAUAAAAACCAGCACCCUGACUAAAAGGGAGAUGUUUAAAAUCAGGCAAGUGCAGUAUAUCUAGAAUUAAGUUGGGGGUAGGGGGCUGAUCCUGAGAGCACCAAAGAGCAGUUCUUUUAUACAGUGAGCUGUGCAUGGGAUAAUUCAGGCUAUCCUCAUCUGAGAUGGCACACAUGACCAAAUCACUGAGUACAUUAAGCUCACAUAUGAGCAUGCUGAACUCAUUUUUGUGCUCGUAUGGACAUUUUUAGCCUCACCUCUCAGCUCUAAUAGGCCCACACUUCAACUGGGAUUCUAGACAGCAAGGAGCUGCUGCUGCUGUAAUUAACAAGUCAGUUUAUACAGAGAACUGAUAAUAUGGCAAGAGAAUUCUUGGAGUUUGGUCAGAUGCAGGCUACUAUUUUGGAAUAGGACUCUGAGAACCCUGUUCUGAGACGGGUGUGUCCUCCUGAGGUUCCCAGCCGGGGCUAAGGCUGGCUGGGAGACUAUCCAACUGGUAGCAAACCUAGCCUCGACCAGGGGGCCUAGCUAACCGCAGAGGUAAUGUCGGAUUCAGACACCGAAGAAAGCCAAGGAAGAUGGUGUCCAUAGAAAUCCAACACUCUCUGAAUUGGUUUCUGUUGCUGUGACAAAACACUGACCAAUAACAACCAAUAAAAGGUUUAUUUCAUUUUAAAGCUUACAGUGUGUCAUGAAGGGAAGUCACAGCAGGAACUUUUGGAGGCAGAAGCUGAGGUUGAAGCCUGUGGAGGAGCCCUGCUUCCUGGCCUGCUCGUCAUGGCUUGCUCAGCCUGCCUUUUAUGUAUAUGUAUGUAUAUGUACAGGUACAUACACAUACACACACACACACACACACACACACACACACACACACACACCACACACACACACACAACCCAGGACCACUUCCAGGGCAGGUAUUGCCCACAAUGGCCUGGGCCCUCUCACAAUGAUUACCAGUCAAGGAGAUUACCCCACAGACUGGCCCACAGGCCAGUGGGCAACUAGGUUCUCAACUGAGUUUCCCUCUUCCCAGGUGACUCUAGCUGUGUAAUAUUGACCCCCCCCCCCCAAAAAAAAAAAGCACAGCUACUUACACAAAGAUUUUUUAAAACAUACUUUUGGUACCUUUUAACCCCUUUGUUAAAUGAUCAGAAGAGAUCAUUUACAAAAUAUGAGUGGGUUUCGGUUCAACGGUCUGAGUCAGCUUGCUGUGGAGUUGGCAGUGGGAAGCCAUUCUUCCCCACAUUGUCGUGCUCUUUCUGUCGUGCCUUCCUGAUGCUUCUUUUGUUCCUUGUUAAGACAGGGCCCAUGGGGUCUCUCUCGCUGACCUCUUGCCUCGGUGUGCUGGUCAGCACCCUGGGCUAGUGGUGCUAAGAAUGCAGGCUGAGCAAGCCACGUGGAGCAAGGUUGUAAGCAGCACCCCUCUGUCAGCUUCCGCUUCCCUGCUUGAGUUCCUGCUCUGACUUCCCUUAGUGAUGGACUGUGAUGUCCCAGUUUGGUCACGGUGUUUUAUCCCUGCAUUAGAAACCCUGCAACCCCAGGCCUCCCGUGCUGCGAUUACGAGCUUGUACCACCAUAUCUUACUCACACACACGCACCUAUGCCCACUGAUGUUUUGUAGCUAAUCAGUUCCUGUCAGCUAACUGAUGUGGGUGCAGGAAGCCUUAGGAUAAACACUUCGUUAUCUCACUGUCUCUGCCCCUUUCUAUUCAUUAGAAGACCUGCUCAGAUGUUCAGGGCCGUGACUUGUGGUCUUAUGAUCAUGCUAUAAUUAGCAUGGACUCAUCAAAUGGAGAUUAGCAGGACUCAUCAAAUCUUAAAGAUUUCUAGAGCAAGUGAAUGGCUGGUGAAGUCUGUGGAGAAGUAUCUGGGGACAGACUCACACACGUGGUCAUUUGACACCCGUGGCUUUUAAAAGGAAGUGGGUAGCCCUAUUACAUAGUUCAAUCAGAUGAUAUGCACAGACGUGCUUCCAGAAUUCCCUCAUAUGCUAGGUCACAGUUCCCGUCCCCUGAGAUUGAUACAUAUAUAAUUAAUAACUAGCACAGCAUGUUCUCCGUCUGAAGGGCCACUGGCUGGAAGAACAUUAUAGCCUCUGCAGUAACCCGUCCUCCUGGUCUCUUUAUAGUCCUCCACGAGAGAAAAGUGCUGGCAGAGUGUUGACCAACAAAUCCAUCAACUGAAUGGAUGGAAUCUGGCUAGUGUCUAUGUGUGAGUGUGCUGCAUUUCACAGUCACAAAUACUUAAAUUGAUUUUUAGAAACUAAUAAAAAUUAGUCCCCACAAAUAUCUUAAUGACCCUGAGGUGUAUAUUCAAUGAAUAUUCUUUUUACCACUGCUUUUAGUCUGUUGAUGCAUCUUAAUAUUGUUAACACUUAGAAUGCAAUUGAUAAUGCUUUCUUAGAUUACAGAAGGACCCCAGGCAAGCACAUUUUGGUUCUGAACCUCAUGAUUUUGCUGUUUCCAGGAGCUAGCUUUUUGACUUAGCCCUACAAAGUGGCUCAUUUGUACCUCACACUAAUGAUGCCCCCAACAUACCAGGGAUGUGACCGUUUGUAAAUGUGAAAAGGCAGGUGUUCAGAUACAGUGCAGCGUGUCAUCUGUAGCAGAGGCAGAUGGUGGCUACAAAAGAGAGUGCUUCUAUUUGGGAUACACAGCACUUCCUUGUGCCAGGAGAUAGCUGUUCUUUGCAGUCCCUGGUAUCCUUCAUCUACAGUCAGCGGUGAUCUGAACAUUUUAACUGGGGAACUCUGAAAACGUAGAACCCAUCCUCCUGCCUGCCUGCCUUCCAUCCCCCUUUCUUUUUCUUUUUUCUUUUAUUUAUUUAUUUUUCACACAGGGUCUCACCGUGUAGCUCCAGUUGUCCUGGAAUUCACUAAGUAGACCACGCUGGCCUCGAAUUCAUGGAGCUCCAGCUGCCUGGCUAUAAUUCCUAUUUUCAUUUGCACGUCUUUGUGGGUAGUGUGAUGGAAGCUCAUUGCUGCCCGUGCUCAGCAGAAGUUGACUCAGCUUUUCUUCCAGUGUCUUGUGCUAGGUACAUUACAGUGUGUCUGCUGGUUACUGCUCGGUAGCCAUCUUGGUACCAGACUGACUGUUAGGAUAGCACAGUGUUCCAUACCAUUUUGGGUUCCAUACUAUAUCUGGGGAUUUUGUCACAUGUCCCUGGGACAAGAGAAGGAUUAUCUUAUGUGUUAUCUCAUUUAAAUAGAAGCAAUCUUCUGUCAGCAACUUCUUGAAAAUCUAAAGUAAAUUGUACAAAUUAUUUCUGAAGUUGUUUAUUAUGCAGGGACAGCAUAGAUUGAACUACCUGUAAGGCCAUUGGUAAAAAAGUGUGUAAACCAAGCUUGCUCAGACAGUUAACCAGACAUCCUGAAUAAGACACAAGUGUUGACAGCCGUAGUGGAAGGAGCACACCAUGGCUGAGUCCAUAGCUCUGUUCAAGCAAGGAGCCUCAGGUUUGAUAUGAAGCACAAUAACCAAAUAGCCAAAACAGUAAAAGCAGCUUUAUCAAGGUCCAGUUAUUGAACUUAGUUCCGCGAAGACAUCCCCUAUCUUCAGGGCUAAAUUUGGGUUUCCUUUUUUUAAAAAGGGAUCUCUAGUGUUGUAUUAAUUGAUUGGUUUAUCAUCAUUAUCACCACCUCUACCAGCACUAUUGUUACUGUCCUUUGUGUGUGUGUGUGUGUGUGUGUGUGUGUUUAAACACUCUUGCUGUUUAAUAGUCCAUGCUGGUCUCAAGCUUAGUAUGUACAACCCAGCUCAGCUCACACCUACCUCCCAAGUGUGAGGGUUCCAGGCGCACGCACCAGUCCAGCCUGAUUGGCUUUUCUGAUCAUGUGCACGUUACAGGUGAUCUUCUUGUGAGACUCAGUUUACUCUAAAGAUAAAGUAUUCAUCAUCGCCAAGGAAGAAAUACCAAAUACGUCAUGUGCUUCCUUACGCCAGCUUGUGGUUGGAGAACUUUGGUUCUCUGCAGAAAUUGUUCUAGCGUUCUGCCGGUGGCUGGGGUGAAACGGGGGUCUGCGGGCAGGUACAUUGAAAGCCUGUCGGCCACUGUGAGGGUGCAUAUUUGGGAAGGAUUUCCGAAAACUGUCUUCCUGGGCCACUUUUCUGGAGGGCAGUUCUGAGCUUUGGUGUGAUGCACACCUCUGAUUUGAAUACUUGGAUGCAGCUUUCCGGGAUGUCUGUGCUGGAGAGAGCUACAUAAACAUUGGUUGUGACACAAGGGACGCUCGCUGGAGAAGGCAAGCAAGCAGUUUAAGGAACAAGUGCACAUUGCUUCUGUUUUCUGCUUGAGGAGACGUUUACCUAUAGGUACACAUGUCCAGAUAAGACUCUUUUAAGUCUAGCUGCCCUUUUGAGGAGUAUGUUUUCUUAUUGUUUGCAGCAACCUCAGGGCCUUGUGCAUUGUAGGCAAGCACCCACCCAUCAUUGCAAAUCACUCUAGCCCUGGUAUUUAUGUUUUUUUUCUAGUUGAUCAUAAAUGGCCAAUGUUCUGCUUAUGUAUAAAGUAUGAUGAGAUUACAAUUAUGUACCUCUCUUUAUAAACAUAGUAGUCUGCACUCUGAAAUUGGUUGACUCCUCAUGUCUAUGCAUUCUGGAAUUGAUUGACUCCUCAUGUCUAGACAGUAUUUUCAAAUAGAGUGCUGUGUGCUAUCAUCUCCAUUUGGUCCAAAGCAGGAGCUGAGCCACUGUGUAUGGUGUGCAGAGAUGCUCAGGCAGUUGGGCAGUUCAGAAGUUAAUCUCUAACCACCAUAUCGACUUCCUGUCCUCGGCUUUCAGAGAGUGCCAUGUUGGAAGGACAUCUUUUCAUUAUUUCCACAUGUUUUUCUGGUCAGUUUGUGUGAAACUGCAUAUUAACACUUUAACACAGCCUUAGAGCUUCCAGAUUCAUCACUUGAUGCUGCUGGUGCCCCAAGCCCUUCUGGAUGUAGUAGUGGCUGUUAGUACGUCUGUACUGUGGGGCUCUGGUCCCGCCACUGGAGUCUCCUUAUGCUAUAGCCAGUGUUACUUUUUUUUUUUUUUUUUUUUUUUUUUGGUACUGUCUCAGACCUACACCUGAGUGAGCCUUCUAGGCUCAGGGAAUCUAGCAUUUGUUUGCUUAAAUAUUAAGCAUUGCUGUGUUGUAAACCCAGCCAGUAACAUUAACACAGCUGAGAACCUUUCUCCUUAAAGAAGUUCCUUAAAUGCUUUGGGGCACAUAGUCCUGAGCCAUGCUAUUCCUGCAUAUAGGCACAGGUCUCUGAGUGUGAGAGAGGUGGCUCAUGUUUCCAUUGUGUUGAUGGUUUUAUUUAUUAGGAGCGUGGGUGGAAGUACUAAGCCAGAUGGUAGUACAGUCUUUGGUUAGGAGUGUAAAGGGCACUGUAGUAACUGGUUUCUUUGCUGCUAUGCAGGUGUCUCAUUGUGGAGAGGGGGGAAGAAGGGUGAGCGCAACAAUGUAGCAAGAGAUGAUACAUUGUUAAACUCAGUGCAGACUGCUGUGGUGGUAUUGCUAGGUGGAGUCCAUCUAGGAACUUUGCUAUUUGAGUGAAAUGAGUAUUUUAAUAGAUGAUGUUCUUUUAGGGAUAUUGCGGAAGUAAAUGGGCACAUGUCUGAGCAUGUACAACUGAGGUGGCAUAGUUGGCAAUGCUAAGUGACGUGGGACACACUCAGCAGGAAUUGUGUGCAGACGUCCUAAUCCAAGAAUCUUGAAUGUGAAGGCUUCUGAGUGCUAACCUAAUAGUGCCGGGACAGGGCACCGGGCACAUCUGAUGUCAUGUGACAGCUCACAGUCGAAACUAAAGUGCAAGGGUAUGAUAAAAGAUUACCUUCACCUUCUGACCUGAUGCUCACUCCUAAGACAUCUCAUCAUGGAUGUGUAAAUGUCCCAAAGCCUGAAAAAAUAGAAUUAUUGACACAUUCUGGCCCCAAGUAUUUCUGGAUUCAACCUGUAUAGUCUUACAAUGAUUUAGAUGUGUCAUUACAGAAAGUUUUCUAACCUAUGUACAUAUAUGUAUGCUCAUACAAAAUAAGCAUUUUUAACUUUUAUUUUGAGAUAACGUUAGACUUGCAAAAACAUGGCAAAAUUUUUACCAAACCAAACGAAAUAAAAAUCUUAUAUACCUUUACCUAGAUUUUCCAAAUGUUGCUAUUUUACCAGAGUUGUUAACAUCCUUAUUAUCAGUUUUUAUAUUAGUCACGUCUCUAAUUUUUGUAUACUUUUAUUUUAUGUUAUGUAAAUCUUUUUCUCAGACACCAAGACUGAUGACUUUGGUCAAGUAGUUAAGUGGCAGCUACCACUGGGAAAAUUUAAUUUUCCUCUUUAUGAUUUCCUAUGGGGAUUUUUUUGGGGGGGGGAAUGUACAGGUGUCUUACUUUUCAGGCAUUGCGCCUUUAAUUUUAUACCCAUCGAUGAGUCUUGUCUUCCAUAGUUGUUCUCAUGGUGUUGGCCAGAUGCUUUUUAAAAAUCCCUUCAUUGCUCUACUUUUGUUACUUUGCACUCUGAGAUAAACAGCUUCUUGUUGAGUUCCUGCAGAAUAGGCCCGGAGGCCCUUGUUUACAGUUUCAACUCUGUAUAGUCAUAUUGCUGAAGUUGCUAGAGUAGGCCCAGUUGUCAGAUGUCCAUGCACAACACUCUUCUGGUCUUCUACUUACAGCUUUUGCCCUUGUGUCUGUGUGGUUUGAGUUGGGGACAGGAGGAUCAGUGGUGGCCUUUCACCAGGUCUACCCAAAUGUAGCUGUUUGUGUCCAUUUAAGACGCAAGCCAGGCGUGGUGGCGCACGCCUUUAAUCCUAGCGCCUGGGAGGCAGAAGCAGGCAGAUUUCUGAGUUCGAGGCCAGCCUGGUCUACAGAGUGAGUUCCAGGACAGCCAGCCAGGGCUACACAGAAACCCUGUCUCAAAAAACCAAACAACAACAACAAAACAAACAAACAAAAAAGACUUAAAAACCCAAAGUAAGUGAGUGUUAUGUAUAUGUUUGGGUUGGGAUACCACUAGGAUUUUUUUCCCCUUCAUUUUAAUAUUGGCCAUCGAUAAUAUAUGUUUCUGAUGUCCAGGGAAAGAUACUACCUGAUAUCUUAGUGAAGAUGUGCUGUGAUUGGGAAUCAAGUGCGUCUAAGUCACACAGGAGACCACAUGUUUUUGUACCUGUCAGUUGGGGACAUUCAUGUUUUUCAGGACACUUACAUGAGAAUUAAUUGCAAGUCUAAUGACUUGACAGAAUUAGUGUGUGCACUCACACAGGGUCUGACCCCACUUGACUGCUGUCUGGGAGGUUAGGUGAGUUUCCCAAAGUCACAGAGUGCAUGAGCCUCAUGCUUUGGCUGUGAGUCCAGAGUUCUUGGAAAACCUACCGUCUAUGUUUGUUUGUUUGUUUGUUUGUUUGUUAGCUGUCUUCCAGUGUCGGAGUUUUACAUGAACUGUCAAGGAGCCUGAGGCUUGACGUAGCAUCUGCUCAUGAUUAGUACAUACUGCAAGGCUUUAUUUCCCAAAGUCGUGAAGGCUCCUUGGCCGUAGUUUCAGGUGACAGAACUGUUUUCCUGUUAGGUCAUAGUUUACACAAUGCCUAGUGUCCAUUGUGUAACUUCACUGUGGCCUGUGAUUGUGAGACUUGUGAUAUCGGCUGAAUGGAGAUCCAGCAAGUUUGUGCUGAUUGCUGGAACUUGAAGACUUCUCUUCAUGAAGGCGGGAUGAAGUUGUGUUGCAUGUGGCUAGCUAACGUAUGUAGAAAGCCAGGGGAGCCUUCCUUGUCUCCCACUUGUUUUGGAUCCUUCUUCUGCUCCCAGAGCACCUGGUGCUGGCUCGUUGCAUUUGCCGGGUAAUUAUGGUGUAUAUCCAGGUGCUUCCUGUCUGUCCUGAUUUCGUCUCUACCCUCAGCUUUUAGUACAGCAGUCUGCUCAGAGCAGGCCCUCAGGGAAAAUUUGACUAUCCACUGCCUGGAUCAGGCUGUCUUGUAGCAAUAAGAGUCCUCUUGGUUUGCCUUCCUUUUUCUUUUCUCCCUUGUCUUUAAAGAGAACGUGCAGUCAUUUUUAAGCAGUUAUAGUAGUAGUCAGGCUUUUGGUGCAUGCUGCGAAGCAGUCUCUAGCCAGUGAUAAAUAUCUUAGAUGGCAACAGGAACAUAUAUUUGUCAAGGACUGUGAUCAUUUUGAACUUUUUCUUCCUUUCUCCUCCCUCCUGUAACAACAGUGUGCUUGGAUUUGCUGGCAAUCAGGUGUGAGACUCCCGAGUUAGAGGACUUUACUACUCAUGGGAGUAGCAGUAGUUAUGGUAACAUUCCCCAUAAUUCUCUAAGCCCCAAUUCCCACCUGACAGAAUGGAAGCCCGGUUGACAUUUGCAUGGGUUGUGCUGUAAUAAGGGAUCCUGCACUUAGUCAUGUUUUUCAUGCCUGCUGGCUUUUAUUUUUGAAGGGAGCCUGUGUUCUAAGGCUGUGAGCAAGCCCUGUGAUCUGGAGAGAGACACUGCCUCUAUGCGUACUCACUAGUAACUCAGUAAUGACAACCUAAACAGAUAGUGUCUCUGCCUGGAGGAUGUGCAGACACAAGGGCUAUGGAGAAUUGUUUUUCAGCACAUUUCAUGGGGGUUUAGACAAAGUAAGAAAAGACACCCUUUGAUGAUCUUGUAAUUUUGAACAUACACUUUUAGAGUUCUUUCUGCAGAUAUGAAUGUUUAUAUGUAGCUUACUUAAAACAGUCUGUUUUCUUCCUUCUAACAUGAUUUUCAAAAAAUGUGUGCAUAUUGGUGUUUUGCCUGCCUGUAUUGUCUGCGUGAGGGUGUCAGAUCCACCGGAACUAGAAUUACUGACAGCGGUGAGCUGCCACGUGCAUGCUGGGAAUUGAACCUGGGUCCUUUGGAAGAACACCCAGUGUUCCUAACCACUAAGCUAUCUCCCCAGCCCCCAAACAUGGUCUUUUAAAGCCUAGCACAUUGGACUCAUUUCCUUUCCCGUGCAGUAUCUUUCUCUCUUGGCCUAGCACUUAGUUGUGCUAAUUGCAGCACUGGAAUUUUUAAAACUUGGUGAUUUUAGAGAUCGAAGGACAGAGAUUUCAGAUAAUCUUUGAAGCAACUUUGAAGUUGCUGUGCUGGGUGCACUGCGAGGGCGACUCUGAUCCUAGUGUUGGACAUGGCGUGAGGACCUUUGCAUUGCACCGCGACUGGACUCUGUAAACCUUAGCUCCGUCAUGACCUUCAGUCCAGCCCACUGUGCACUCCUGGCUGAACUCCCUCCCAAGGGCCACCUGUACUUGUAACUUGAUCAUUCUUCACUUGCAGGGCAUCUUACCCUUCAUCUUGGCACUAAUGCCAGGAAGCCUCCGGAAAGAUCUGCUCGGCAUAGCCGGUCUUUAGUCCUUCUGAUGAGACUAACGUCCGCUUGAGUCGUAGUUGUUACAGCUCAUCCCCAGUCACCUUAUCUUGAAAGGCAUCUCAGAUCAAGUGUUUCGUGUCCACGUCCCACAAAAGGCAGUGGAGAGCUAUUUAUAAUGAAAGAAUUUGCCUUUGCUUUUGGGGGAAAUUAGGUUUAAAAUUAUUAAGAAAGAGUUGCUAAGUAAUCUCCUGACUGACAUCUCUUUUAAAAGGCCUUAAGCUAUCUUUCUUCAAAGAAAAUAUUAUUCUUUUUUGAAUGAUUUAACAAGCUUAUUGUUUGAAAAUUCCAAGGAUGAACAGCUUUCAAACAGUAGCAACAGCUCCCUCCUCAGUAGCUAAGACACGCCUGUUGAGGACCAUUUUCACUUGCAGAGACGUCCCUGGGAGCUUAGUCAGAUGAGACUGGAGAACCUUGUUGGGCCGUUGGCAUUUUGUGUCCUGGUGGCCAUUGCUCAUUUGCUUUUUGCUCCUUCUUGCUUCUUCGCCCAAAGUGAAUUUGCUAAAGCUCUGCUGCCCUUGUGCCUGGGAUUUCCAGUUCACAUCAUGAGGUGUGCUUCACAUUGCCCCAGACCAUUCCCUAAGGGUUACCUUCUAGCAGUACUGUCACUGUGCCAACAAGAACAAGAGGUGGGGUAGGGGAGGGAGGAGGGGACACUACAGGCUAGAUCAGGUCUGUUAGAAUGAGAUCAGACAGACUUAUUGGAGAGAAUGCAGCUAGAAUGGGGACCCGUGGAAUGCACGACUGACACACAGCUGUGUCUUGGGGUCCUGGUGUCCAUAUUCUGCGUGUGCUCUCUGGAGAUGAGACUAUGGGGGACAUUUCUCAUUCAGACCCUCACACAAGCCUAACAGUUUUUGGUGUUUGUUUUUAAACACGGAUUCUUACUUUAUAGUCCAGGUUGUCUUGGAACUGACUAGCCCAGGCCAGUUCCCGACUCCCAGCAGUCCUCCUGCCUUGCCUUCCCUGGGCCUGGAUUGAAUGCAUGAACCACGCACUCUUACCUUCUUGUUAAUGGCUGGAAACACUUGAUUCUUGUGCUCUCCUCUGUUGACAUGGGAUCACUUAUUUCUCAAAUUCUAACAUAGUCUUAAAGAAUAAUAGUUCAUGGAAGGAAAGGUUUGCAGAGCCUGUGCCACAGGCUGUGAUAGGCUCUGGAGAGAGAUUCCAGAGUCUUCAUCCUGGCAGUGUUUUCCUCUAAGGUAUAUUGGCAUAAGUGUGGCCUCCUCCAGUUUCUUGGAAGGUCACUGGUAAGGAGGCUAGAAUCUUCAUUUUGCAGGUUUGUGAAAGGCAAGAGGAAAACAAAACCAAAGAUGCUUUCAUGUUCUCUCCCUAGCACUGUUGAGAUGCCCGGCACAUGCCCAGUUCUCACUAUAGUCAUUGCAACCACACACAAAGACGAUUGUUUCUCUGGAUUUAUACCUAAUGGAAUAAACAUUGAGAUGAGCUUUUUAGUGUACCUGUAAGCUUUAUUAAAUUUCCUUUAUAUAGUUUUAGAAUUAAGAGUAGUAAGUUCUAGAAAUGAUCUUUAAAAAAAACAAAACGAAACAAAACCCCCAAAAAACAGCUGUCUGUAAAGUGAGUCCUUGUGGGCUUCAGUGACUACGCCUCGGAGGGGCACAUCCCUGUCCUCUGCAGAAGGGGCCUCCUGGGGCAGUCGCCUGCCUGACCGGGAGCUGCCUUUGCCUGAGCCUUGGUUGGUCUUUCUCCUCAGUGAGCUGGGAAGUGUGGGCUGGUGUCUGCUGGAGAAACAGUGGCAUCCAGGAUUCAUGGGGGAAAGUGAGCCCAUCAACCCCGUGAUGGUAGGGGGUGAGUGGCUUAGUUACUUCCCUACUACUGUGCAGAGACACCAUGACUGAGGCCACUAUACAAGAAAGCAAUGAAUUGGGCUUGCUUACAUUUUCAGAAGACGGGUUCCAUGACCAUCAUGACGGAAGCACAGUGACAAGCAGGGAGAUGUGGAACUGGAGCGGUGGCUGAGAGCUUAACCAGAGGUGCUAAGGGAUGAGGGAGAGACCAGGCCUGGCGUGGCCUAUGAAACCUCAGAUCCCACUCCCAGGGACAUCUCCUCCCACAAGGCCACAUCUUCCGAUCCUUCCUAAGCAGUCCUACCAACUGGGAACAAACACUUAGGUCUACAGGGACAUUCCCAUUCGGACCACUACAGGGAGACUUCCCCUUUUUCCUGUCUUACUAUUACAUGAGACCUCAGAACUUAUCUGGAACUUAAAGUAAGAGAGUAAGACCAGCAGUACAUGUAUAGAAAUCAAUAGCCCUUUUCCAGACCUCUGAUGGGUAUCUUAGACAGCUGUGUAACUUGGUAAGCGUGCCCGGUCUUAUCCAUAGUGAUGGACUGAAGGCCAGCCCGGGUUUUUCUUCUUGGAAGAUGCUUGUUUAGAACUGCUUGUCUUGCUUAAAACCAAGAAGGUAUCAUCUGUGAUUGUGUGACCACCACAUUUCUCCUUGCAAACACCAGCUCGUUUGUCUUCACUCUGCAGAGUGGGUUUGGAAGGCAGGUUCUCCGAGGCCAGUUGCUUGGGUCUUUGUGAUGCCUGGCAGCUUAGCGAUGUGCUCAGUUACUGUGAGCAGAUUCGCCUUGAUGGCCAGUGCAAAGCAGUGCAUGGCCUGGGAGCUCUUGCUCAGGUACAGUGAGAUCUCACCAUUUAAUCCAGUAAUUAAAACACCAAUGCUAGAGUGGCUUCAAUAAAGAGAGGCCAUCCCUGAAAGAUGGUUGUGGGUACUAUGUUGUCAGGUGCUCCGUGUUGUCCCUAGCGACAUGCCACCCAGACUUUCAAGGACAAAAGCAGGAUAGUGACUACAAAGUAACUGGGUGCUCUGAUUCAGUGUAGAGCCACCAACCCCAAGGGACUGCACCUCUCCACUUCCGUGCAGUACAGCAGAGAUCCUAAGAGCGCAUACUGGGUUAUUCUGUCCCCACUGACGUGUCCGUUGUGUUAGAAAUGAUUUGUUGGGGUUUGUCAGGUUUGAGAUCUGAGGUCUGUGUUCCCCCUCAUUCUGAUCCUCACUCUUAAGCUCCUUUUUCCUGUAUUUACCUUGGCUGGGAUAAAGUUGGAUGUGGAUGUUGGUAGAGCAAAGGGAAAUAUACAGAGAACGACAGAGGUGCAAAGGUAUUGUCGUCAGGAAAAUCCAAAGGGCCACCCUGUGUCAUUUGCAGCUGCAGGAAGUGUGUCUUUAGCCUGAGUGCUGGGGGUGUUUACAGAGUGACAGAGUGUCUCCCCACACUGUCCUUGGCUGCCUUUGUUGGACUGGAGGUUCUCUGGACGAUAGAAUACAUGAUAGACAGGAACAGGAAUUGAGAAUUCAUCUGCGUGGUGAAGCAGCCCACUGUUUGAUUCAGAAACCCUGACCCAGCCAACUGCCUCUCAGCAGCUGCAGGAAGCCACUGUGUCUUCACUGCACUUGUUCAGAGUGGAGAUUGCUCUCCUGUCUGUGGUGGACACUGGCUGAAGGCAGAGCAUAAACCCUUGAAAGCACUGGGGGCCCCUCAGCCCUCCGGGUGCAGACACACAUGUGGAUCUGUGAAUUUGAGGAGUGCCAGAGUUACAUAGUGAGACUCUGUCUCUCAAAAAAAAAAAAAAAAAAAAAAAAGGAAGAGUGCAAAGAGGGACCUCUGAGAAAUGAAAAACUAUACAGUACCCUCCAUGAAAUUUCUUAGGUAUUUUUAUUAUUUUUCAUACCAUAUUGUUAAAAACACAGCAUGUGUUAGUAUUUUAGAAGUUAUCUUUAUAAAAAGAAAAAAAAGAAAAGAAAAGAAAAAAACCUCACUAAACCAAAAAUUUUGGUGUGACAGACUUUUCUUGGGAAGACAGAACACACACACUUCUACUGACCCUAGAUAAGGAACUAAAGACAGUCCAAAGUACAAAUACCAUCAAAGUAUGACUUAGUGUAUCAUCAAGUUUUACUAGAGUUACUUACAGGAAUAUAGGUGAGGGGUUACUUACAGGAAAAACAGUGACUCAGACAGCUGCACCACCAAAGCCAACCACAGCAUAGGUGACAAUAGCCCACCAAAGCUAGAGCACAUAGCACAGUGUGCAGGCAGCUCAGGUUGGAGAAUGUCCUUUCCAGGUGGCUCUGUUGGCCAGAGCCUCUUCCAGGUAACUUGGAUGGUCUUUCUUUUAUGGAGUUUGCUGCUGAUCCCCUGUAGGUUGCUUGGUUUCACCUUCUUCCACGCAGCUUGCCUUGUUAUGGAGUCUUCUUUCCAGCUUGGCUCAUUCGCCAAUUGACUUUACUAUUUAUAUACUCUUGGGGAGGGAGGUAUCUAGUGAAUCUGGUCCAUUUCAGGGACUUCCUGAAGCUGCUUUGUUUACUUCCUGUCAUAAAGAGCUUCUCUCAAGAAUUUCACCUCCCCUUAGACCUGUUGUUUAACCUUGUGAACAUUCUGUCUUAAGCCCAUACCUCCUUCAAAUGGCUGCACAACUAAUGUAUAGCUUAAUUGGUUCAUAUUUUGGCUUUAAAUCUCAGUGACAUUCUAUGAAUUAAACCUGUAGUCAGAGUCUACAGAUUUCUCUUAGCUUUGUAAGUUCAUUCCUGUGAGUCUCUCCAAGGCCUCUGUAGUCCUAGGUUCAAGCAUCCUGUUGUUGUGCUUCUUUUGGAAUUCAAAGAAUGGAUAUAGAACAUCAUGCCAGUGUCAAGUGUUGACUGAGGAUGUGGAGAAAGGACUGUCUGUGAGAAAGUAACUAAUGGUGAAAACAUGGAAUUGUGGUCCCUUUGGAAAAUAGUUCACACACAAGCAGCAGUUCCUCUGCUCGAUCUGCUUUGAUGGGAGAACAGACAUGCUCCAGCAAAGAUCCCCAUAGCCAGAACAGGGAUCAUCAAAAUGGCUGUCAGAUGAAAAAUGGCUGUCAGAUGAAAGGAAGAAGCAAAAUGUGGUAUAUUGGACUGAUAGCAUUAAAGAAUAUUCAGCAAUAAGGAAGACACUGUAGAUGCAUACCAGUCUUCCUUGCAAACCAUAGCAUCAUGCCUGGGGUCUGUGUAUUGUAUGGUCCUAUGUAUGUGGCAGACAAAACUGGGGAGACGAGCAGUUUUUUGGUAACUUUGGGCUAGGAAUGGAAGAGGGGUUUGAUUAUAAAGUCACAACAGGAGACAUUGGGAGUGGUGCAUGUUCAAACAGCUUUGAUCUGAGGACACCUCCUCUCUGGUCUUCUUAGAUGAGGACACCUCCCUACAGGCCUUCUUAUAUAGUGAGCCUAAUUGAGUAGACUUGGAACAAGGAGUGGGGUUUCAUCCAGUCACAGCAACCGUCAGCCGUUCAGUGCUGGUCAGACUCAAUUCAAAUCAGACACUCUCUCAUCUGUACUCUCUGAUCUACAAAUACCACCUCUUCAUAGUUAGGGAGUAGAGCUGUCUGAAUCUUUGAUGAUUUGUGAAUCAUUCCUGCUUAAACGCCACAGGAUCUAAUUUGUCUAUAACGUUUUUCUCUGAACACGGGCAUUCAAGAUCUGGGUGGCAGUGUUGGUUACACAACCGUAAGUUUACUGAAGCCUAACAGCUCACCUAAUGUGGGUGAGCAUACUUACAUUAACAAUCAACCGUGUUGGAAGGAUGGCAGUUUACAAAUGCCUCUGCCGCUUGCUGUCUCGUCUGGUUCUAUGAAGUGCAUUACCCGCUUUCAGGAGAGGAAAUGAAACCAUGUGGUUGUGUCCUCACGUUCUAACCACUGCACACUGUCUGCUGAAAGCAAAGCUUUAUGGCUUAUGAAUGUUGGGAGGUUGAGACUUGCCUGAGACUACUGAAGUGAUUGUUGAGUGAAGCAGUCAGCCUGGGACAUCCAACUUUCCCCUGUGAAAACCCUUCCCAUUUGUGCCAGCUUUUCGAUGGCCUGUGUGAGUUGUAUGACCAUGGUGUUCAGGCAUUUACACUGUUCUAAGUAAGAGGACUAUUUUGCAGUCCGUUUUCUUUAGUUUUCCCUUUCAAGCCCCUUAGAAACUGUUUUCCUUGUUUUGUGCUUGGAGAAAAUCAUGAAAGAAAACAGAGCUGGUUAAAGUUUUUUUCAGCACGAAUGACAAACAAUGCUUAUUUUUUAUCGGUUAUAGUGGUUAUUAGAGUGUUACAACACUCAGUGCGCUCAGUCUUCCUUUUGGCUGAUACUUCUAAGUUCAAUUAAAAUGAGCUCGUCAUACAAAGACAGUCUUUAGCUGCUGUUUGGGAAGGGCUGGAGGAAGGGAUGAGAAAGGCGCAAAGGAUUUAAUCAGCAUUUAAUGUUAAAAUGGAAAAAGAAUUUAAAGGCAUUUUCACUUUCAAUAGCUUUGUUUCUUUGAAAAGCCUAAGACUUCUUACUUAAAUUCAUAGAGAUGCAGAAAUGAAACUACAUAGUACACAUAGGAUAUACAGCCUUUCUUUGUCUAGUAUAUUUAAUUAUGGGAGUUUGAGUUCAGAGACUAGAAAAUAAAGUGAGAGACUUUUUUUGAAAUGUAAUAUAUUAAAUUUCAUACACUAUAUUUAAUUAUGUUUCUCCCACCCCCAACUGUUCUCAAAACCUUCUAUCUCAUGAUGUCCCCAACUUUGCUUUUAUGUCUUUUCUUCCUCAGCUUCCAAAACUCAAGAAUACAAAAUGACCAUCGAAAUUGGCAAACUAUUGACCAAUAACACAGCAAUAUGUAUGUGUGUGUGUAUAUAUGUAUGUAUGUAUGUAUAUAUAUAUAUAUGUAUGUAUGUAUGUAUGUAUAUAUAUAUGCCAAACAAAACAGUAAGUCCUUGCUCCACUCGACCCCUCAGGCCAAACAGACAGACAGACAGACAGAAAGCCCAGGAAGCCUAUUCUGUGUUAGCCAGGUACUCCUGCUGGGCAUGCUAUUGCCCUGGGAUAUGGCUAUGUGUGUGUGUGUGUGUGUGUGUGUGUGUGUGUGUACAUAUAUAUAUAUAUAUAUAUAUAAAACAAAGAGACUACACUGGGGGGGAAAAAAGAAGAAACUGAAUUUCCCUUUGCUAGCAGAUCUCAAUUGCAUCUUGGUUAGGGGGGACCCUGGUCCCUUCCUGCUCUCAGAGCUGGGACUCCAUGUGUCAUAAACCAGUGCAUGUCUUGUGUGUGAUGCCACAGUCCCUGUGAGUUCAUAUGUGCAUCCGUCCUGCUGUUCUGGAGUUUGAUGAACACAUACCAGGAGGACUGAAUGCUCUAAAGUCUCCCACUCUGCACAUUGUCCACUCACUGUGGGUCUUUGCGUGAGUUCAUUCCCAUCCACUGCUCUGAUGAGGGUUGGAUGAAGUGACAAUCUGAAUAUAGCAGAAUGUCGGUAGUCAUCUUUUUAUUACUGUGGCCCUUUAGCACAGCACUUCUCAACCUAUGGGUUGUAAUCUCUUUGUGGGGACUGAAUGACUCCUUUACAGGUGUCCGAUAUCAGAUAUCCUGCAUAUCAGAUAUUUACAUUACAGUUUGUAAUAGUAGCAAAAUUGCAGUUAUGAAGUAGCAAUGAAAUAAUUUUACGGUUGGGGGUCAUCACAGCAUGAAGAACUGUAUUAAGGGUGGCAGCCUUAGGAAGGUUGAGAAGCAGUGCCUUAGCAGAAUAAUAGUAGUGGCUUUUCCUCUAGACCUAUGACCUGUGUAGUCUCCUGUUCUUAGCUACUCUAGCAGUGCCAGGUAUGGGUUCUGUCUCAGAGAGUGGACCUCAAAUCCAAUGAAAAGGCAGAUGGUCAUACCUGUAACAUGUGUACCAUGGUUGUAUCGGUGUAUUCUGGAGGCAGGUCACUGUUGCCAGUCACUGGUGCAGGCCACUGGUGCAGGUGCAGGUCACUGGUGCAGGUGCAGGUCACUGGUGCAGGCCACUGGUGCAGGUGCAGGUCACUGGUGCAGGUGCAGGUCACUGGUGCAGGUUCAGGCCACUGGUGCAGGUGCAGGUCACUGGUGCAGGUCACUGGUGCAGGUGCAGGCCACUGGUGCAGGUUCAGGUCACUGUUGUAGGUGCAGGUCACUGGUGCAAGUUCAGGUCACUGGUGCAGGUUCAGGCCACUGUUGUAGGUUCAGGUCACUGGUUCAGGUGCAGGUCACUGUUGUAGGUGCAGGUCACUGUUGUAGGUGCAGGUCACUGGUGCAGGUGCAGGUCACUGUUGUAGGUGCAGGUCACUGGUUCAGGUGCAGGCCACUGGUGCAGGUGCAGGUCAUUGCAGGUGCAGGUCACUGGUGCAGGUUGCAGGUCACUGUUGCAGGUGCAGGCCACUGGUGCAGGUGCAGGCCACUGGUGCAGGUUCAGGUCACUGUUGCAGGUGCAGGCCACUGGUGCAGGUACAGGCCACUGUUGCAGGUGCAGGUCACUGGUGCAGGUUCAGGUCACUGUUGUAGGUGCAGGUCACUGGUUCAGGUGCAGGCCACUGGUGCAGGUGCAGGUCAUUGCAGGUGCAGGUCACUGGUGCAGGUUGCAGGUCACUGUUGCAGGUGCAGGCCACUGGUGCAGGUUCAGGUCACUGUUGUAGGUGCAGGUCACUGGUGCAGGUGCAGGCCACUGGUGCAGGUGCAGGUCACUGUUGUAGGUGCAGGUCACUGUUACAGGUGCAGGCCACUGGUGCAGGUGCAGGUCACUGUUGUAGGUGCAGGUCACUGUUGCAGGUGCAGGUUCAGGUCACUGUUGCAGGUGCAGGCCACUGGUGCAGGUGCAGGUCACUGUUGUAGGUGCAGGUUGCAGGUCACUGUUGUAGGUGCAGGUCACUGGUGCAAGUUCAGGUCACUGGUGCAGGUUCAGGCCACUGUUGCAGGUUCAGGUCACUGUUGUAGGUGCAGGUCACUGGUUCAGGUGCAGGCCACUGGUGCAGGUGCAGGUCAUUGCAGGUGCAGGCCACUGGUGCAGGUGCAGGUCACUGUUGUAGGUGCAGGUUGCAGGUCACUGUUGCAGGUGCAGGUCACUGGUGCAGGUUCAGGUCACUGUUACAGGUGCAGGCCACUGGUGCAGGUGCAGGUCACUGUUGUAGGUGCAGGUCAUUGUUGCAGGUGCAGGCCACUGGUGCAGGUGCAGGUCACUGUUGUAGGUGCAGGUUGCAGGUCACUGUUGUAGGUGCAGGUCACUGGUGCAGGUUCAGGUCACUGUUGCAGGUGCAGGCCACUGGUGCAGGUUGCAGGUCACUGUUGUAGGUGCAGGUCACUGUUGUAGGUGCAGGUCACUGGUGCAGGUGCAGGUCACUGUUGUAGGUGCAGGUCACUGGUGCAGGUUACAGAUUUUGUAGCUGGGUGAUGUUGGUUACCUUUUUCUUCAGUAGUGUGGAAAGUUCUAGCCCAGCACCAUUUAUGCUUGUCGGGGGUGGGGGUGGGGGGCUGAAGCUCUUGGUUAAGCACUGCUACAACUUCUCUGUGUUUGACAUUUUAUUAAAAAAAAAAAAAACUAACAAUUUUUUUAUUUAAAAGUGAUGCACUUGGCAAGGAGUCCCAUUGCAUUUGGCCCUUUGCGUUCCCUUCCUGAGCCCCUUUCCUCCUUUCGGUGACUUCACUUCACCACUGCCCUGGGGAGCCUGAGGCCUGGGAUCUCUCUUUAUGUUUUUGGGAAUUGCUUGAGCUUUCAAAUGGCCACUUGUAGCCAUGACACUGAAGGAAUAGGCAGAGGUUUUGAAGGUACCUCAUAGCUACCACAAUGAUAAUAACAACCACCGUCAUAGCUGCCGCAGCCACCAUCGCCACUGCCCAAGUCUGAUUAACCUUUUGAUUUUUUUCUUUUCUUUUUUUACAAUGAUAACUGUAGAUUCUAGCUAGCAGAUAUUAAUCUAUAACGAUAAAGUAACUUCCUUAAAGGAAAGAGGCAGAUGGACUUUCCCCGUCUCAAAAAGGAGCAUCACCAUCUCAAGUAUUUGAUUUAAAAAGCUCAGCAAUAAUGUCUAAUAUAUUUAUAUAGCGCGUUUAAAGGGCCAGAGUUGAAUGUGCGUGUAGGUAUGGCUGAUGGAAAAGCCCAUUUUCUGGAAUGAUGAACUCUAAGUGCACUGACAGAAAUGGUCUGCCUUAAACUUGCCCCCGCUAGGAACUAAUCUGAAAGAGCAUGCUCGUGUAGGAGUUAAUAUACAAGAAACAGUGAACUGCGUCAUCGUGGAUACCCAUAUGUGCAAAAUAUUGGAACAAGCAUCUGCUGAGGCAUACCUUGCUGUUCAUGUACUCUGUUAUGUUCUAUUAUGUGUGAAAAUUUAAGUUCCUUUCCUGUCCUUUUUUAAAUAAUUGUGAUAGAAUUGGAAUCUUGAAGGAAAAA